AUGAGGGAAAGUGAGAGAGGGAUGGAGGAGGAAAUUAGGAGGUUCAGGGAUAAAUCUGAGAGGCAGAAGGUAGAGAAACAGAUGGAGCUGCAGAAGAAGAGACAGGAGGAGAGAGAUGAGUGGGAGAUAUUUGAAAAUAAGAGAGUGGAGGAAUGGAAAGAGUUUUACAGGAAGGAAGAAGACAUCCGAAAGGAAGAGUCAUGGAUGAAAGCAGAAAGGAAGGCAAAUAGAAAGGUGGAAGAAGGAAAGAGAAAGAUGGGAGAAGAACAACAGAUGCUGAAAAAGCAAGCCAGUCUAACGGAGACACUGAGUGAUGGAAAGAGAAGAAACCUGGAAGAGAGAAAGGAAGAUGAAAAUAAUAUGGGAGAAAAGUGUGUGAAGGAAGCAAGGGAAGGAGACAGGGGAGAGCUCCUGAAAGAAAAGAGACAGAGACAGAUUGCAGAAGAAAAUAGGACACAUAUGGAGAAACAAAUGAGAGAGCUGGAGGAGAGGGAGGAGGAGAGGAAGAGAGAACGUGAGAGUCAGAUUAGAGAAGAGAAAAGGAAGCAUGAGGAGGAAAUAAAAAUGAGGAAACUGAAAGAGGACCUAAUGAGAGAAAAGAGGCAUAGACAGAUUGCAGAAGAAAAUUUGACACAUAUGGAGAAACAAAUGAGAGAGCUGGAGGAGAGGGAGGAGGACAGGAAGAGAGAACGUGAGAGUCAGAUUAGAGAAGAGAAAAGGAAGCACGAGGAGGAAAUAGAAAUGAGGAAACUGAAAGAGGACCUAAUGAGAGAAAAGAGGCAUAGACAGAUUGCAGAAGAAAAUAGGACACAUAUGGAGAAACAAAUGAGAGAGCUGGAGGAGAGGGAGGAGGAGAGGAAGAGAGAACGUGAGAGUCAGAUUAGAGAAGAGAAAAGGAAGCAUGAGGAGGAAAUAAAAAUGAGGAAACUGAAAGAGGACCUAAUGAGAGAAAAGAGGCAUAGACAGAUUGCAGAAGAAAAUUUGACACAUAUGGAGAAACAAAUGAGAGAGCUGGAGGAGAGGGAGGAGGACAGGAAGAGAGAACGUGAGAGUCAGAUUAGAGAAGAGAAAAGGAAGCACGAGGAGGAAAUAGAAAUGAGGAAACUGGAAGACAUGAAGAAUGAAAUGUUUGGAAAAAUUAGAGAGUUGGGGGAGGAGAGGAAGAGAGAACUUGAGAAUCAGAUUAGAGAAGAUAUGAGAAAAAGAGAAGAGGAAAUGAAAAUGAGGAAACUGGAAGAGGACCUAAUGAAAGAAAAGAGGCAGAGACAGAUUGCAGAAGAAAAUUUGACACAUAUGGAGAAACAAAUGAGAGAGCUGGAGGAGAGGGAGGAGGACAGGAAGAGAGAUCUUGAGAGUCAGAUUAGAGAAGAGAAAAGGAAGCACGAGGAGGAAAUGAAAAUGAGGAAACUGGAAGACAUGAAGAAUGAAAUGUUUGGAAAAAUGAGAGAGUUGGAGGAGAGGAUGAAAAAGAUGGAAAGACAGCAUGCAGAGAAGACCACGAUGGAGGAGGAGAAGGAGGAAAGAAAGAGGGUGGAAGACACAGUGAGGAUGAAAGAGCUAAACAAGACAGCCUUGGAUGUGUGGGAAUUUCACUUUGGAAGUCAUGAAUGUCUGAAACACAGAAGUGAUUCAGAAUGUUCAGAUUGUGAUGACAGUAAAAGUGUCAAAGCACACCAGAAGAAGACAGACAAAGAGAAGAAUGAAACGAUGGAAGCACUCCUGAGCGAGGACGAAUUUAACAGUAGUGAUGAUGAUGAUGGUUUCACUGAGAUGAAACAAAAGGAUGGACAUAAAAAUAUGCUUGUUGAGGAGAAGGUAGCUACAAAUUUCUGUCAAAAUGAUCACCCAGGAAAAGUCAAAGUUCAAAAUGACCUGGCAGGUGAUAUAGACUGGUCAGAGAGUGAAUACAGCGAGAUUGAGGAAAUAAUCGACAGUGACACUGAGGACAUUAGUGAAGAAAUAAAGGAAACGGAUGAGGAGGAGGAGGUUGAAGAUAAGACAGAUAUUGAGAGUGAUGAGAGAACAGUAAGAAAUGUGAUAAGAAGUGAAUGUGAUGAUGAUAAGAGUGGGAAACCAAACAUGAAGAAAGGCAUGGUUGACAAAGACAAUACGGACAACAACGUUGAGAAAGAGAAAACAACCCAAAGCAACACAAAGAGAGAGGAGUGUGAGAGAAAAGAGGUUCAUCAAAGCCAAGACACAGAGACAUACAAAAGCAAUGGAGCGACAGAAUCUGACGAGCUCACUUUGGCUCCUGGAAAGGGGUCAGAUAGCAAUGACAGUGAGAGGGUCAAAUCCAACCAAGAGAAAGAAAAGGAUGACCAAAAGGACACAGGACAGUUAGAGAGUCAGGAGGAGAAGGAGGACAGGAUACUUGCUGGAGCAGAGCGAGAGACUCAGCAUCCUCAGGAAGACCAAUCGGAAACAUGCAAAGCGGCAAUGGUUAAGACUCAGGGCCCAGACGAGGAUCAACUAGCAGUUGAAGGAAAGACUAACAACACUCAGACAGACCAGGCAGCAAAGGUCAAAGGUGAAAUGGACCUGGACAAUGACUGGUCAGAGAGUGACAGUGAGAUUGAGGAAAUGACAGCUGAUUUUGAGAUUGAUGAGGAAACAGACCAACCAGCAACGUGCAGAGAGUCCUCCAUCUUCUUGGCUGGUGCUGAGGUCAAACAGACCCAGUGCAAAGAUGUCUCGUUGGUUGCUGCAGCUGAGUCAAAGACUCUGAACCCUCAGGAGGAGCAGCCAGCAAAGUGUAAAGAUCUCUCUGGGUUUGUUGCAGCAAGGGAUAAGGUCAAGGGUGAAAACGACCAGGACAUAGACUGGUUAGAGAGUGACAACAGUGAGAUUCAGGAAGUAAUAGAAAGUGACAGUGAAGUAAAGGAAAUUCACCAAAUGGAAGAAAAGAAAGAGAAGGAUGAAGAACUGACAGAUGACCUCCAAAGUAAGAGAAAGACAGAGAAGAGUGAUGAGGAAACCACAGAUAGCAGUGAUGACAAGAGUGAGAAAACAAACGUCAAGAAAGACAAAGAGAUGCGUCAUGAAGACAUUACAGACCACACCCUUGAGAAAACAGAUUUCUCCAUCUUAGCUGAGGAGGAGGUUAAGACUCAGGACCCUCGCGUGGACCAGCCAGCAAAGUGCAAAGCUGGAGGACAUACUCAGAACACUCAGACAGACGAGGCAGCAAAGGUCAAAGGUGAACAGGACCUGGACAUUGACUGGUCAGAGAGUGACUAUGACAGUGAGGGAACAAUGGAUAGUGACAAAGAGUUCAUAGAUUUAUCCAUCUUUUCAGCUGGUGCUCAGACUCAGCAGACCCAGCAGUGUAAAGCUGGAGGAAAGACUCAGAACACUCAGACAGACCAGGCAACAAAGGUCAAAGGUGAACAGGACCUGGACAUCGACACAGACUGGUCAGAGAGUGACUAUGAUAGCAUGGCCAAGGUCCCCCCGGCUCAGCAGGCCAAAGUGAGUAAUAAAAGUGAGAUUGUCCAAAAGAAAAAUGGGAAUGACAAAGUGACAGAGCCAAAGACAGAUGCAGAGCUCAUUAUGGAAAAAUAUGAGAGGAUGGUGGAAGAGGGGAGACGGGGGCCUGGUCAGAAGGAUAGGAGAGAUAAAGACAUGGCCAAAGAGUCUAAAGAAGAGCAGUGCAGGCUGAGGAAUGAGAAGGCCCUUCAGGAUCACCUGGACAGUGUAGAGAAUCAGGAAGGGACAAGCAAACAGACCAGACAACCACAGUGUAUAGGCAUGGCCAAGGUCCCCCCGGCUCAGCAGGCCAAAGUGAGUAAUAAAAGUGAGAUUGUCCAAAAGAAAAAUGGGAAUGACAAAGUGACAGAGCCAAAGACAGAUGCAGAGCUCAUUAUGGAAAAAUAUGAGAGGAUGGUGGAAGAGGGGAGACGGGGGCCUGGUCAGAAGGAUAGGAGAGAUAAAGACAUGGCCAAAGAGUCUAAAGAAGAGCAGUGCAGGCUGAGGAAUGAGAAGGCCCUUCAGGAUCACCUGGACAGUGUAGAGAAUCAGGAAGGGACAAGCAAACAGACCAGACAACCACAGUGUAUAGGCAUGGCCAAGGUCCCCCCGGCUCAGCAGGCCAAAGUGAGUAAUAAAAGUGAGAUUGUCCAAAAGAAAAAUGGGAAUGACAAAGUGACAGAGCCAAAGACAGAUGCAGAGCUCAUCAUGGAAAAAUAUGAGAGGAUGGUGGAAGAGGGGAGACGGGGGCCUGGUCAGAAGGAUAGGAGAGAUAAAGACAUGGCCAAAGAGUCUAAAGAAGAGCAGUGCAGGCUGAGGAAUGAGAAGGCCCUUCAGGAUCACCUGGACAGUGUAGAGAAUCAGGAAGGGACAAGCAAACAGACCAGACAACCACAGUGUAUAGGCAUGGCCAAGGUCCCCCCGGCUCAGCAGGCCAAAGUGAGUAAUAAAAGUGAGAUUGUCCAAAAGAAAAAUGGGAAUGACAAAGUGACAGAGCCAAAGACAGAUGCAGAGCUCAUCAUGGAAAAAUAUGAGAGGAUGGUGGAAGAGGGGAGACGGGGGCCUGGUCAGAAGGAUAGGAGAGAUAAAGACAUGGCCAAAGAGUCUAAAGAAGAGCAGUGCAGGCUGAGGAAUGAGAAGGCCCUUCAGGAUCACCUGGACAGUGUAGAGAAUCAGGAAGGGACAAGCAAACAGACCAGACAACCACAGUGUAUAGGCAUGGCCAAGGUCCCCCCGGCUCAGCAGGCCAAAGUGAGUAAUAAAAGUGAGAUUGUCCAAAAGAAAAAUGGGAAUGACAAAGUGACAGAGCCAAAGACAGAUGCAGAGCUCAUCAUGGAAAAAUAUGAGAGGAUGGUGGAAGAGGGGAGACGGGGGCCUGGUCAGAAGGAUAGGAGAGAUAAAGACAUGGCCAAAGAGUCUAAAGAAGAGCAGUGCAGGCUGAGGAAUGAGAAGGCCCUUCAGGAUCACCUGGACAGUGUAGAGAAUCAGGAAGGGACAAGCAAACAGACCAGACAACCACAGUGUAUAGGCAUGGCCAAGGUCCCCCCGGCUCAGCAGUCCAAAGUGAGUAAUAAAAGUGAGAUUGUCCAAAAGAAAAAUGGGAAUGACAAAGUGACAGAGCCAAAGACAGAUGCAGAGCUCAUUAUGGAAAAAUAUGAGAGGAUGGUGGAAGAGGGGAGACGGGGGCCUGGUCAGAAGGAUAGGAGAGAUAAAGACAUGGCCAAAGAGUCUAAAGAAGAGCAGUGCAGGCUGAGGAAUGAGAAGGCCCUUCAGGAUCACCUGGACAGUGGGGUUGCAGAGCCCCCUCCAGCCCAGAAGACUAAAACAACCAACCCCCGCAAAGUUCCUGACGUUUUCCUUGCUAAGAAGUGA